AUGCGGAAACUUUCCAUGCCACCCCACAUGUUGUCAGCGUGGGAAGGGAACGAUGUCACCUUGGCUACCGACAUCAAGUGCUCACCCUUGGGGUUGUUGAAGGUUCGACUGAAGAUGGUAGGAAGGUUAUGGGAGGGAACGGUUUUAGUGAUGGAUGAUCUCACAACAGAGCUGAUCAUUGGAGUUGACUUAAUUCGUGAAACUGGAUUGUUAAUAGACCUCCAGCACAUGAAGGUGUGGUAUUCUAGCUCAGCCAAAGGGGUGCCUAUCCCACCUACCAAGACGACACAAGAACUUCCAGUGCUUGUGGCAGCGGGUGAUUCUCCAAUUCUGGAAGCGGAAGGAACCACCUCCUUGCAAAAUAGUAGCACAACAGGCUCAUCCUCCAAGGAAAAGCACAGUCAGCUACAGGAUGUACUGCAACGGUUCUCAGAAGUUUUAGGGGACCAUAUGGGCAGAAGUGACACUGUUCAACACCAUAUUACAACAAAUGGAUCCCCACCCUGUCGGCAGAGACCUUAUCCAUACAGCCCAGAGAAGCGAAUGUCCAUCCAGCAGCAAGUUGAAGAAAUGCUGAAGUUAGGUGUGGUUGAGCCCUCUAAGUCACCCUGGGCAUCUCCUGUAGUCAUCGUUAAAAAGAAAGAUGGCAGUGAUCGCUUCUGCGUAGACUACAGGAGACUUAAUCAGGCAACCCAAACAGAUGCCUUUCCUAUGGUGAACAUGCGGGAGGUCCUUGACAGUCUUCAUGGGGCAGUCUACUUCAGCACUCUAGACUUACGCUGUGGAUAUUGGCAGAUAGCUAUGUCACAAGACAGUCGGGAAGCGACCGCUUUCAUUACACACAUGGGACUGUACCAGUUCAAAGUCAUGCCUUUCGGGCUAAAGAAUGCUCCAGCCACGUUCCAGAGGCUUAUGAAUGAGCUCCCACCGGAAGAAGCCAUAACAGUCCUUGUCUCUACCGUAGUGGAGGGGAACCCUCCACGCCUUUUAAGCCGAGAUAUUGUUCAAGAGGAGCAAAAGAAGGAUGGGUACCUGUUGCCUAUCAUUGAGUACCUCAGUCAUGGAACUGUUCCCCCCUGCAAAGAGCAAGCAGCAAGAAUCAGAGGAAGGAACAUUUUCUGCAUUUCUUACUUAAAACCGUCUCUGAUUUUUCACUCCUGUUUGUUUUUUCCAGGUUCCAGUCCAGCAGUUAAAGCAAGGACCCAGUUAAGGAAUUUAAAAAUACUGAGAGGAGAGAAAUUAAAAAAUACCAGAGGAGAGAAACCGUAUCACUGCUCUGACUGUGGAAAGAGUUUCAGGCACUCAGGAGACCUUGUGAUACACCAGCGAAUUCACACAGGAGAGAAACCCUAUCGCUGCUCUGACUGUGGAAAGAGGUUCAAGUCAUCAGGACACCGUACAGCACACCAGCGAAUUCACACAGGAGAGAAACCGCAUUGCUGCUCUGACUGUGGAAAGAGUUUCAGGAACUCAGGAGACCUUUCAAAACACCAACGAAUUCACACAGGAGAGAAACCUUAUCGCUGUUCGCACUGUGGGAAGAGUUUCAGUCGGUCUGGAAAUUUUGAAUUGCAUAAGCGAACUCACAAAGGAGAGAAACCAUAUCACUGUUCUGACUGUGGGAAGAGUUUCAGUCGGUCAGAACACCUAUUAAUACAUCAGCGAAUACACACUGGAGAGAGACCGUAUCACUGCACUGACUGUGGGAAGAGUUUCAGUCGAUCAGGACAACUUGUAACACACCAGCGAAUUCACACAGGAGAGAAACCAUAUUACUGCUCUGACUGUGGGAAGAGUUUCAGGGAUUCAACAGACCUUGUAAAACACCAGAGAACUCACACAGGAGUAAAGCCAUAUCACUGCUCCGACUGUGGUAAAAGUUUCAGUCAGUCAGGACAACUUGGAAAACAUCAGCGGAUUCACACAGGAGAAAAAACGUUUCAUUGCUCUGACUGUGGGAAGAGUUUCAGUUCGUUAGCAAACCUUGUUUCACACCAGCGAAUUCACUCAGGAGAGAAACCGUAUCACUGCUCUAACUGUGGGAAAAGUUUCCGUCACUCAGCAUCCUUUGCUGUACACCGGCACAUUCACACAGGAGAGAAACCGUAUCACUGCUCUCACUGUGGGAAGAGUUUCGGUCACUUGGCAUCCUUUGCUGCACACCAGCGUAUUCACACAGGAGAGAAACCGUACCGCUGCUCUGACUGUGGAAAGACUUUCAGACGGUCGGGACACCUUGUUUCACACCGGCGCGUUCACACAGGAGAGAAACCGUACCGCUGCUCUGAUUGUGGGAAGAGUUUCAGUCAGUCAAGAUCCCUUGUUACACACCAGCAAAUUCACACAGGAGAGAAAAAAAAAAGAAAAUGUAAAUAAUGUUCCUGCAUAAAAAUAACUUUUAUCCAUUUUGCUUCCUGGCAUUUCAGCACAGCAGUGUGCUGCUGAAUAGUGUGGCUGCCCAAGCCGAGGAGACAGUCAGAACAAAUCCUUAAAUGGAAUUUACUAGUGUAACGACCUCGCCCUUAGCACAAAGCCAACCACUAUGGAGUGAUUACCUCCCUAUAUUAAAUAUAUCCCAUGACAAAAACAAGUUCGACAAACAGCUGUUUAAAGGGGUGAUCUCAAAUGCAAAAAUCCAAGUUAGGAGAAGCAAUUAGGCCAAUCUUGUCAAGCAAAUAGGCACAAUUGGAAAGGUGCUGGGGCCCAAGAUUCACACAAUUCUUGCUUCUAACUUUGCGCCUUUUUUUUGAUCGCUUCGCUCCACUUUAUCGCUCCUCUUGAAAUGCUCUUUGUAUGAUUGAAGUGACUGAGACACACACUCACAUUGUAAUACGAAAGACAUAAUUUCGGAUUGGAUCAGAAUCUGAGUGCUCAUGUAUCACAGAGCAGCUCUCCUGGUAAACCCUUUGAAGGAGGAAACAAACUGCUAUUGUUAAUUAUUUUGCAUAGAAUGGCACAAGGCAGCUGUAAUAGAGUAAAUGUGGAUGCGCUUUUAGACUGUGUGUUGCUGCUUGCCCCACCUUGUGCAAAUUCAAAGUGUAAAACCAGAUAACACAACAAGCAGGGCACAAGCUAAGCGAUGAGCUGUAUUUGAUUAGGGAAAUAAAAGCUGUUUACUUUGACUAUCUGCGUCAGUCUGGAUUCUUAUAGAAAUCAAAUGUAAGACAACAAAUAUACUAGAAGUGUCAGGGGUGGAAGUUGCAGGUUGAGAUUUUAGAGUCAGUGUUUCCCUGCAUGCAUCACUGUGAGCAGCUCCUUCCUCCAGACACAGACCCACACUGGAAUGUUUAGAUGACUGGGUGUGAGGAGCCUUGUGUUAACAAUGGGAGAACUGGGCUGACUGGGGAGGUAACUGCUACUGCCUAUUUCAAUAGUCUUAUUACUGUGUUGUUACAUUAUGGACAGCAGUGGUGCUCUGGCUCCCUCUUGUGGUCACUAUUAAUAUCUGCUGUGUGUCUCUCGGAGGUCAAAUUAAUUGCUCUUUGUCAUUAAAAUGCUGUUUUUAUCAUCAAA